CCUUACCUCACCUCUCACCUCCAAACACCUCCCAGCAAAUAACCCUUGCGCAAAGAAAAAAAAAUCAAAGAGGAAAUAAAUAAAAGAUAAUAACCAAUAACUACCUAACCUACCUACCUUAGUAACUAAUAAAAACAAUUCCAUAAAUUUAAACAACCUCAUACAUAACCCACCCAUAAAUAAAAAUGCUCAUCCGCACCCUCCCCCUCCCCACCCCCCUCACAAUUCCAACCGAGCCCCUAACCCCCAGCUCCUUCGCCCCCUUCGGCGCCGUCCUAACCAACCCAGCCCCCGACCUCCGGCCCUCCGCAGCAGCCGCAUCUACUUCUUCUUCUUCUUCUUCCCUCCUGCCCCAAGGCUACGGCGCCGUGUCCGCCAACCAGGGCACCGCCAUCCAGUACCGGGGCUUAGCGCCGCCCCUGCGGGACUUAUACGCCCAUGCUCCGAGCGGCAAGGGGGCUACGCCGCGGACUACCAUGUUCGUGUGCGGCGCGCGGGAGUUGGAGCCGGAAAGGGAGGAUGGUGCUGGUGCUAGUGCCGGUAGCAACAGCGCGGGCAUAUUCACCGUGCAAAUCCUCGAGCGCCACCCCUUCACCACGCAGACCUUCAUACCUCUCAGCUCCUCCUCUUCCUCCUCCUCUUCCUCACCAGUCCAAUACCUAGUCAUCGUAGCGCCGACCCUGCCCCCCACCAGCGCAGACAACGACCUCCCCGUGCCCGAAGACAGAGACGCCACGCUCCCGGGCCGCGGCAUGCCGGACCUAAGCCGCGUCCGCGCGUUCCUAGCGACGGGCUCGCAGGCCGUGACCUACGGCGCGGGGACAUGGCAUGCGCCGAUGGCGGCGCUCGGACCCCCUGGUUCCGCGGUUGAUUUCGUCGUCGUGCAGUUUGCUAACGACGAGCCGGUUGAGGAUUGCCAGGAGGUGGCUCUCGAGGGGGGAGGGGAGAAUGGCUCGAGGAUAAGGGUUCGGGUGCUGGGGCGUAGGGGGGAGGUUUCGAAACUGUAGGAGGGGGGUAAGCGUUGGGAAGUUUAGGGGGGUUGGAAGGGGGAGGGGGGUAUGGGUAUGUGACGCUAAGAUUAGGUACCUUUGCAUGUAUGGUAUUACCACCCCUAUUUAGUACGAAGAAGAGGGCUCCUAGAUUAAUUGCCAGUCUUUGUUAAGACUCCAAUAGCUACUUGAAGAAUCAUCUACGCAAGAGGUGCCUUAUUUCAGACACUAUCUUACCGUACCAGUCUCGGGGGCAAGGAACCUAGACACCCCUAUUCUAGAGAGACUCCUCGUCUACGAAGCAUAUCACAUCGGAAUUCAAGCACGCACUCUACACUUUU